GUUUUGUUUGACCUGUUUCCUGGAGCCAUUGUUCGCCGGACUCAAACCCCGCUCCGCUCUGCCUCCCAUGUCUGACACUAGACUGAAGUGUGGUGAGCUACUGAGCAAACCGGUCACACAGCAAAAGCCGUCUAUACAGAGGUAAGUACCAUCCCGUAGCAUCCAUUUUACACACAAAAAUGCAGCCAUAUGUAUCCACAAGCACAUAUGUCUUGGUUCUCAAAAAUGUAUGCCUGGGCACAUUUUCCCAAUAAGCCUGUGUUGGAUUUUGAACAAUACAGACUAAUAUGAACCGACCAGUAAAUGCUUCUUUUGAAUCCAUCAGCCUACUUAAUUUUUCCUGCACUGUUACCUAAUUCCCUUUGGUUCAUUUCCUGGCACUAUUUUGUUACCAUGAUGACCAAUUUAACUAAUACAGGUGUUCCUUAUCUCUAAAUGACCUUUGCAGUAUUCACACUAUUCUACUUUUUCUAUUUGAUAAGUGCAAUUGCUUGUUACCAACAAAACAUUUCUCACUCUUCUGCCCCUAGACAUUUCUAUAUAUGUCCAAGUUUCCACUGGCAGGGAUGGAUGAGGCUGUGUGUUCUGGGUUGCACACCCAGAGUUGCAUGUAUGAUUUCAGGUGACAGUAAAGUUAAGGAAAAAACAUACAUUGUGCCGCAUUAAAAUGAUUUGUUUGACUUGUUCCUUACUUGUUAUUAUUUAGUUCAUUUAAUGGUUCAUGCUAAAUUUUGCAUUACCGUGCGCACACUGAGAAGGACAUCACCAGCUUACUCUAGAGUCUCUGGUUUUAAAUAUUCAUCCACCAUAGCCUUAUUAUCCACCUUCUCCAAGUUCCACCGGCCACCCUCAUUCCCAAAAUUCCACCUUGAACCUCAGAUUCCUCCUUGGUCAGUCAUCAUCCCGCCUGUUUCACCAGGCUCCCUCAAACCUCCUACUUCACCUUGAACCUCAGAUUCCACCACGAACCUCAGAGUCCACCACAAACCUCAGAGUCCACCUUGAACCUCAGAUUCCACCUUGAACCUCAGAUUCCACCACGAACCUCAGAGUCCACCACAAACCUCAGAGUCCACCUUGAACCUUUGAUUCCACUUCAACCCUCAGAUUCCACCUCAAACCUCAAAUUCCACCUUGGUCAAAAUCAUCCCGCCCACUCCACUGGCCUCCCUCAAACCUCAGACUCCACCUUAAACCUCAGAUUCUACCUCGAACCUCAGAUUCCACCUUGAACCUCAGAUUUCACCUCGAACAUCAGAUUCCACCUUGGUCAGUGAUCAUCCUGCCUGCUCCACUAGGCUCCCUUGAACCUCAGACUCCACCUUGAACCUCAGAUUCCACCUUGCACCUCAGAUUCCACCUCGAACCUCAGAUUCCACCUUGCACCUCAGAUUUCACCUCGAACAUCAGAUUCCGCCUUGGUCAAAAUCAUCCCGCCCACUCCACUGGGCUCCCUUUAACAGAUUCAGAUUCCACCUUAAACCUAUGAGUCCACCUUGGUCAAUCAUUAUACCACCCAUUUUUCACCAUGCUUCCUCAAACUUCAGAUUCCACCUCGAACAUCAGAUUCCACCUUGGUCAAUCAUCAUCCCGCCCACUUCACCAGGCACCCUUGUACCUUAGACUCCACCUCGAACAUCAGAUUCCACCUUGGUCAAUCAUCAUCAUCCCGCCCACUUCACCAGGCACCCUUGUACCUCAGACUCCACCUCGAACAUCAGAUUCCACCUUGGUCAAUCAUCAUCCCACCCACUCCACCUGGCUCCCUUGAACCCCAGAUUCCACCAUGGUCAGUCACAGUCAUUGUCUACUUUGCAUUCCACUGCUGUAGCUCCUGUUUUGUCACUUAAUUUUUCAUUCUUCAACUUCUGUCCUUGUAAUUAAUUGUGUCUACCCCUUGUUACUAUGUUAGUCCCAGUGUUUACAAGCCCCUUUGUUUCAGUCUUUGUCAGUUGUUUAUGCAGUAUUCCAGUGUUCUUGUUUCUGUUUCUGCCUUUGUGUUGUGUUGUGUUGUGUUGUGUUGUGUUGUGGUUCUUGUUCUUCUUACUGCAGGAAUCUGCCUCUCGCCUUGCCUUGCAUCACAUGAUAUAUGAAGUGACAUGAGGACAGCUUGCUGUAUUGAACACUUGUUAAUAUUCAAGAUUAUAGAAGAUUACUGCUAGUAGACAUCGGACGAUCACAGGUAAGGAUCAAGGUUUCGCUGGUGAUGAUGGGUGUCUGUCUGUUUAUGUUUGGAAUCCCCAUGAUUGCUGUGGAAGAAUAUAUAAUCAGCCCCAUGUGGCUCGGGAUGUCGGUUGUGAUGACUAUGAUGGGUGUGGCUCUGUUCAUGUUUGGAAUCCCCAUGACUGUGCAAACAGACAUGAUGACUUCCGCAGAUACGUUCAGCCCCUUCUGGCUCGGGAUUCUGUUCUGUAUCUGUGGCAUUCUGUACAUACUGUCUGAACGCAACCCCUCCAAGAAGAUGAUUACAGCCAGUCUUGCUCUGAGUAUCAUCUCCACCAUUGGAGUGGUCAGCGCUUGUAUGGACUUCAUCAAAUCUAUGGUCACGAUUGAACGUUACGAUGACUAUCAUACCCAUAACAAUAUGACAGAGGCUGACUACUUAUAUCUGACACAACAUUAUAGUGCCAUUGUGGCGAUGGAGUGUGUGUUUCUGUGUCACAGUUUAAUAGGAGGAGCUCUGCUGAUCAUCAUGACGUGUUUCGCCAGAGCAGCACUGCGCUCCAGCAACACUCAGGCUGUUGUUGUGAUGCGGAAUCUGCCGUCAGCGGAGUGAAGAGACCAAGAUCAUCUGAAUAUCCUGAACAUCAGCUUCAGCAGUGUGGAGAAGAUCUGACAUCUGUGCAGAGUCAUUCAGUCAGAAUCAGCUCUCAUUGUCUCCUUGAUGCACAUCUACAGUAUAUCAAACUGCCUUAUAUCUCUGUGUUGUAUAGAGUACUAGUGUUUCCACCAACAAUAUAAACCACACAUCAGUGUUCAUUCAGAAUGAAAAGCAAAGCAAACACGACCCUCACGGCAAACAUUCUGCACUUUCACAUUUUCAAAAGACUUCAUUUUGUCUGAUUUAGGAGCCAUUUUCCUCAUGCAGACCAACAGAUGUCCCCACAAGGUCAAAUAUUACUGGUAUACUUGUGGGGACAUUUGGUUCUCGCAAUGUAAAGAAUACACACACACACACACACACAUGUACGCACACACACACACACACACACACUUUAU